AUGAUUGACCACUUCUCCAAAUACGUGAUAGCAGUAGCUCUCCCAAACUGCAAAGCUACUACCGUUGCACAAGCUAUUAUGGAUCGCUGCAUCCUUAAGUAUGGGGUUAUGUCGCAACUAAUUUCAGGUAACGCACCAUACUUCCGAGGGGAAGUCAUGGCAGAACUAGGUAAACAAUCACUUCCGCCACGUAGUGGCACUCGACCGACAAUAUCGUUUCCACAGCAAUCAGUGGAUCUUCCCUCGACAUCACGAGCUCAACCCACCGCGCUUAACCCUCCACCGCCCAGACAGCCUCCACAGGACCAACAGCGUAUCAAUCGACCGCCACAGCACCCUGCAAGAGGGCCUGCGCAAGCCGAAUGGCUACAACGACGAACCCCAGAUGACUAUUGGCAUUAUCUAAUGGGCAUGCACCCAUGGACACGCCACGUCAAACCACGGCCACUUCUUCGCGAAGACCUCACCGAAGCUCAGAUCUCCAAUGUCUUGCCGGAAGACACAUACAGACAGGUUCCCCACCUUAAACAUGUCAUCAUCUUUUCCAUCGCAUCCAAAAACCUCGUUUUGGAAGCCAAGGAUUUCUUCGUCUUUAUGCCGGACCGUCGCAAACUACACUGCAUCCUGUUAGACCAGUUCUCCUUCAACAUCGAGAACAACGCGUACGGUUACGACAAAGCUUUAGUCUCGAUGAAGGACUUCGUAUGGGUCUAUGAUAGAACCGCGCACGGCAGCCCUCAAAAUCAAUUCCGCGUUCUUCUUCCGAGCUGCAACUUUGCCUUCGUCACCCCAGCCGUCUGGUCGGAACGCCAUAGCGCCGUCGUACUGGACCCCGCCCGUAGAGGCGAAUUUCUAAACACUGCUAACAACUUCAAGCUGGCCAUCGAGGGAGCAGGUCCAAGAAGACGAGAUCCUCUUCUCUCAGAGUCGACGUCAAGUAUCUUCAGCAGUACGCUUCUCGGAGCCCCCAGCAUCCCGGACGGCACGAGAUGGUUGUGCAGACAAGUGGAGUACUUCUUCCCCGCGUAUCCGGAUGAGGGUAUGGCUACAUUGGCAGUUAUGAAGGCCCAAGAUGAUGAUGCCGAACGGUUUUGCGACAGAACGGGUCCGUUCAACAACCUGAUCGACAAACAUGACCAGGCCAUCAGACGGAUGUUUAAUGUCUACAGCAUGGCUUGUGCUGCUCUGGCCGCCUACACCACAAUGUAUGAUGACCACAGGACUCACAGAAUAACCAGCACCUUUCCAUCACUCACGUCCUAUCCUCUGCAAAUAGAGAUCACCCUGCCGGAUAUGUCAGGCGCAGGACGAUAUACCAAGGUCGAAAUCGAGGAGGCCACAUUCUUACCAGAAAGCAUGGUUUUAUCAGCUUACAUCCAGACUCACGACACCAUGGUACAAGAGGUACGCGGAGUCGGAAGUAUGGUAGGAACUCCUGCCUUCCUAGACCUAUAUGUCAAGUUUGCGCGAAUUCCAGAAAAGGCCAACCCGGCAUUUGAGGCAAUAGCACGAAUGAAGAUUCACGAGGAUCUUCGAGAAGCGGGAGGAGACACUAUGCUUAUCGACCUCGCCUAUGGAGCGACCACACUGGGAUGUAUGACGGAAGAAGAGGCAGCGCAAGUGGAAGAAGUCCCGGUCAUCGACACGGUCACAAUCCACGUCGCCUUCUACACCUCACCAAGGACCAACAAGAAGCCCUGA